AUGCCGGCAUGCACCUUGGACGAUAACAACAAUGGCAGCCCCUCGAUCGCCGGCGCGCUGGGCGCUCUCACGCCAGCCACAGUAGACCCCUUGCGGCAGGCGGGCGCUUCAACCACGGCGGCAGUGGCCGCUCGCUCAGCUUCAGGGGAACACGCAAACGGCGGAGGUGUGGUGACAAUCCGCGAUGCGAUCGAGGCGCUUCACGCCAACGCAUCCCUGAUUGCGUCGGCGGAGGAGCACCUGCAGCAGCUGCUGGCCAAGCAGCAGGCGCUCAUGCUGGUGCGCCUGCCGACCAGGGCCGGAUGCAGGGCGGCUCGGGCGCUCGUGUGUGCUGCCGCUGCUGCCGCUGCUGCCGCUGCUGCCGCUGCUGCCGCUGCUGCCGCUGCUGCCGCUGCUGCUGGUGAUGAUGAUGAUGAGGCGGCUGCAGAAGCGCAGCCCAGGUUGCCGCUGUGCAGCGUGCUGUUUCCUCCCGCAGGCAGCGCAGGCAAGCUGUCG